AUGGUUGCAAAAAAUGAAGACACAAGUGAUGCACUUGAAUACCUCCAGACUGUGAAGGGUAGACUCCAAGAUACGCCUAAGAUAUAUGACGAGUUUAUGGAGCUCAUAAGGGACUUCAGCCCUCGGAAAGUUGAUCAUUGUGGUGUCAUAUCAAGAGUGAAAGAACUCUUCAAGGGGCAACAAGAGCUGAUUGUGGGUUUCAAUACGUUCUUGCCAAAGGGAUUUGAGAUAACCAUUACCGAGGAUGAGUACCAAACUCCACCAAGAAAGAAUGGGUUAGAGGAAUGUAUAGAUUUUCCCAAAAAGAUCAGGACAAGAUUUGUGGACGAUGAUCGUGUAUACAGAUCAUUUGUACACAUGCUGGACACGUAUAAACAACAGAAAAAGUCCAUUGCUGAAGUCUGCGAGGAGGUGGCUAUCCUUUUCCGGGACCAUCACGAUUUGCUUGUUGAUUUCUCUCAUUUUCUCCCUGAGAUUAGGAUUGAUCAUAUUUCUGUCAGAUCACAAGUGAUAAUACUCUUUGAAAGCCAUGAAGAGCUGAUUGUGGGGUUGGACGAAUUCUUGAAAUAUUCAAAAGCUAUUAAUUUUAUGACCAAGGUUAAGGCAAGAUUUCAGGAUGAUGAUCGAUACAAAUCAUUUCUGGCAACAUUGAAGAUGUAUACACUUAACGAGAAAAACUAUGAAGAGGUGUGUGUCAUACUCCGAGACCAUCACGACUUGCGUGAGGAAUUUGAUCAGUUUCGCCCUCAAUGUACUCUAGAGAAGGGGAAAGUGCUUCUUGAAUAA